AAAUAUAGUGAGCAGUAUGAGAUUCAGUAGAGAAGAUUUAAGAUCACGGUGGAUCGGGGCACGUCAGUGCGUUAGUUAAGAGAGAGAGAGAGAGAAAGAGAGAGAGAAAGAGAGAGAGAGAGAGAGAGAGGGACGCGGUGGAGGGUAUCUGGAGACCCUUCACAGUGAUGCGCGCAUCUAUUAUAGUGCAUUAUCAUUUAUCCAUGAUGGGAAUUUAUUAACGCUCGUUCUCGAUCCACGUGCGCACUCCUAAAUACGAUUCGUUAUCGUGUCUUCGCAUCCAGCUUCUGGGAAUAAACUUUCACAUUCCGUUUUUUUAUUUAAUCAGAGCAAACGGAGGUCUGGUGUAUUACAGGUUUCAGUUGCAGAAAUGAGGGAAAGGCUCUUCGCGUUUCAUCUUCUUGUCUUAGUCUCCUUAACGGUAUUUUGGCACACAAGGUUAGUGUCUGCAGAUAGCACAACAGAUGCCUUCAAAAACAACAUCACCCUGUUCACACGAAUCCUAGACCGUCUGCUAGACGGCUACGAUAACCGACUGAGACCGGGACUGGGAGAUCGAGUCACCACGGUAAAGACGGACAUCUAUGUCACCAGUUUUGGCCCUGUUUCAGACACAGAUAUGGAAUACACCAUCGACGUCUUCUUCAGGCAGAGCUGGAAGGAUGAGAGGCUGAAGUUUGAGGGACCAAUGAACAUCCUUCGUUUGAACAACCUGAUGGCCAGCAAGAUCUGGACUCCAGACACGUUUUUCCAUAAUGGCAAGAAGUCUGUGGCACACAACAUGACCAUGCCCAACAAACUGCUGCGGAUCCAAGAUGACGGCACACUGCUUUACACCAUGAGGUUGACUGUACAUGCUGAGUGUCCGAUGCAUCUUGAAGAUUUUCCCAUGGACUUCCACUCCUGUCCGCUGAAGUUCGGCAGCUAUGCUUACACAACAACAGAAGUGACGUACACAUGGACGAAGAAUGCAUCCAACUCUGUGGUAGUGGAGGAGGAGAGCUCCAGACUAAACCAGUAUGACCUGCUGGGACAAACUGUGGGCAACGAAACCAUCAGAUCCAGCACCGGUGAAUACACAGUGAUGACCGCACACUUCCACCUGAAAAGAAAGAUUGGUUAUUUUGUGAUUCAGACGUAUCUGCCGUGCAUUAUGACUGUAAUAUUGUCCCAGGUGUCCUUCUGGUUGAACCGUGAGUCGGUUCCAGCCCGAACCGUGUUUGGUGUGACCACCGUACUGACCAUGACCACAUUGAGCAUCAGCGCCCGUAACUCCUUACCUAAAGUCGCCUACGCCACAGCCAUGGACUGGUUCAUCGCCGUGUGUUACGCUUUUGUCUUUUCUGCCCUGAUCGAGUUCGCCACCGUCAACUACUUCACCAAGCGUGGCUGGGCGUGGGACGGCAAGAGCGUGGUCAAUGAUAAGAAAAAAGAAAAAGCAUCAGUCAUCAAGAAAAAUAACGCUUACGCCGUCGCUGUGGCAAACUACGCCCCCAACAUCACCAAGGAUACCGUACUCCCUACUAUCGCUAAGGGGAGCACACCCGAACAAGGAAAGGCCAAAUCCGACCCGAAACCGGCCGAGGCGAAGAAAACCUUCAACAGCGUGAGUAAAAUCGACCGCAUGUCGCGCAUCAUGUUUCCCGUCCUCUUCGGAACAUUUAACCUGGUUUACUGGGCGACGUACUUAAACAGAGAACCUGUGAUCAAAGACAUGGUGCCAUCUAAUUAGAAGAUGUCCAGACUGUGAAGGGUUCAACUGAGCAGGACUAAAGACUCAGACAAAAUCACCCAGGGACUUUACAUGUAUCUCGCUCUGAUUCUCUCUCUCUCUCUUUCUCUCUCUCUCUCUCUCGCUCUGAUUCUCUCUCUCUCCAUCUGCUCCAGACAGACGUGCUGUGGUUUUUGCAAGAUGCCUUCCGAUAUAUCACUUUCUCUCUCUCUCUUGUCUAUCGUCUGUCUUUUCUACAGCUUUUUCAGCAGUGCUUUGCAAACGACAUUUGCAUUUGUACAUAUGUAUCUAGUGAAAAUGCCGUUGCGUAACUUUACGAUGUUUGGAUCUGUGUUUUCCGCUUUGUGAAAAUUUGUAAGUUUUGAGUUCUCUUGAAAUCUAACUUUGGACCUCUCUCUGUGAUAUAGAUUAGCAAAUUAUAGUCAUUUAUUUAUUCGAUGUAAAUGUUCUUAUUUUUCGUGAUGGUGCUUGUUUUCCAGUAGGCUGUUAUUUUUAUGAGACCGAACUCUUUUGGGGUUC